AUGGCAAGGCCGUCACCCGUACCACUUCAUCCACUGUCAUUAGCAAGCGACGACGAUGCCGGUGAUCCCCCUCAUCACUUCAUUCCAAGAGUGACGGGGCUUCCCAUAUUUCAGCUGAAUGAAGAGUCGGCAACUGGUGCCUCCCCAUCUGCCGCUGGUGAUAGUCACAUGACGGUGCCCCGACAGCCGACAUUAUUUGAGCGCCGCGAAAAGAGGCAUUGUAACGCCAGUUUUCCUAGUCUAAAUGCGGAGACAUUACAGAGUGACUGCCGUGAAAAUGUUUCGCGGGGUGAAGAUGGAAGCUCUGUCUUUCGUGGGUGGUCGAAGACGAAUAUUGGGAAAAACUUACGUACAUCGUCAAUGCGUGAAGCGGUGAAAAUAUUGAGCUACAACAUCCUAGCACAGCGUUUAGUAAGCACUGACCGGUACCCACAUUGCCCUGUGUUCGCCCUCGCAGAGGAUUACCGGGGAUCCCUCUUGCAAAAGGAGCUACGGAAUGCCUCCCCUGAUAUUAUAGCGCUACAGGAAAUCAGCGUCGAUAUGUUUGAAAGGCCUGAUAUGCUUGGUGGCUGGUUGCGGUCAAACCUUGGGUACGCUGGCGACCAUCUCGUCAUUACGGAUGCGGCAGGGCGUCCAAGGUCUUGGAGCGACAAACUCCACGAGGAUUCAAGGAGUAACUGUACGACUGACGAAACCGAUGUCGCCUCCCCCAAAUUAGAGCGCCAAAAUGCACCGAACACCGCCACUAACUCUUACGACCAGGACGGUUUCUCACAUAGACAUGCAGAGAUGGAGGGAGUCUGCAUUUUUUACCUGAAGAAUCGUUUCGAGCCUUGCGAGGUUGUCCCUAUCCGCUUCAAUGAGAUAGCGGCUGCCGACUCGCGUCUCCUGCCACGCGAACGUCGUUUUCUGCAAGUGUGUUCCCAUAAUGUCGCUCUCAUCACCGUUCUGCGUGAUCGAGUGAUGCCGAACAAAAUCUACGUGGUGGGUACAGUGCACCUCAUCUGGCAACGCACGGAGUGUCAGCUGUGGCAGAUGCACCAUAUACUACAUACGAUGGAGUGUCUAAAGGAAAAGUAUGAAAAAUGUAUUCUGGGGGAGGGAGGUGAUAAGCCGCUUGUUUCGGUCAUACUUUCGGGCGACUUCAACGCGGAACCGAACUCACCACCAGUUCGCUAUGCACUUGAUGGGGCCCCUCCACCGGGGAGCAACGUGGUAAAAUGCUGGCGAGUGCCGGACAGCGAUAGAGAUGCGGAGUACGGUGGAACGGACGGCGGCUCACCUACCGUCAGCAGCAGCAGCGGGGGCGUCGUGGAGGGCGGGAAUCUAGAAGAUACCACACAAAAACAGUACCACAUUACCCACACCAUCAAUCACGGGCUGUCGCUGCAUGACUGUUAUGCCACAUAUCGUGAGCGAUACCCACGACGUGUGUCCGCGGUGAAUCCAUCAACGAACGGAGAGGGCAAGGUGCUUGAUCACAUUUUUCUUGACGAACAGCACGUCGCCUGCACAGCCGUACUCAGGCUCGCCGGGCAUGCAGAGUUACCAAGGAGGGACUGCCCCAGUGAUCACUACCCUGUUGGGGUUAUCAUCGUUCCACGCAGCUUGUUACCGUGA